UCGAUCUCUCGACACCUUCUUCGUCUUCACUCUUCAGAGCAGAUCGAGCUGGUUCGACAGCUCCGAAUUGAAGAAGGUAGGUAGACGUACGUGCAUCAUGAAGGCUGUCGCGGCGAUGACGAUGACGCUUCUGCUGCUGGCGCUCGUGCAUCAUGCAGCAGGAUCAGGUCACCACCAAGGCCACAUCUGGAAACACGACGACGCCGGCCACCAGUACCGGUCGUCGUCCCCUCUGGCCGGGCUGACGCAGUGCGUCACCAUCUGCGGCUCCGGGGUGACCUCCUGCAUGCUGGACUGCUACCAGCCGCUGAUCGACCUGGACCCCGUGGAGCUGCCCGUCUGCCUCCUCAAGUGCACCAACGACGCCAUGGUCUGCGCCUCCGGCUGCCCCGUCAACGGGAACGGCGUCUAGGUCGAUCGUCGUCUAUUAGCUACCCACGCGUGUUACACAUAUCACCCAGCCAUUUAUUCACUACUACCAAUCCAACGCGGUAGAUAUACCCGCACCUCUGAAUGUUGUUUUAAGUCCUUUGUGCUAAGACUCGACAUCACUACUACCAAAUGGCUUGUGAAUUGAAGACGGUGUUCUCACUA